UUAUUUAUGCGAAAUAACAAAUAUAGAAAUUACGACAGCAAGACCUCUUCGAAUGUGUAAAUAAGGCAUAACGAAGAAGUACGGAUCUAAGUACAACAAACGAAAAUUGCAACUCUGUCAAAAAAUAUCUUAUGUCAAAUAUCAUAACCAUAUGUCAAAUCUGAAAGAAAGCAUUUUAGCUUUUGUCCCGCUACGAAAACGUAUUUAAAAGAAAGAAGCGUGAACACUUAAAGAUGCCGAAAACCAAGAAAGCAGUAGAAUCAUCGGACAGCGACUCUGGUCCGGAAGAUCGCAAUAAGCCAGUGCAGAAAAAGGCAAAGGCAAGUAAUGAGGCUCCAGCAAAUGAGUGGGUUUUAGAAAAACUACGCAGAGUUCGUGUCAGUGAAUUUCGCGGCCGCAGAAAUAUCGAUAUACGCGAGUUCUACGAAAAAGAUGGCCAGAUUUUACCAGGAAAAAAGGGCAUUUCCUUGUCAAUAACACAAUGGAAAAAACUUCUUGAAGUGGCCAAUGAAAUUAAUGAAGCUAUAAAGGACUAAAGCCAUUGCACAAUUCACCAUGUUCUCAUUCUAUACUUAAAAGAUGUAAUCUAAUUGGAAAACAAAAUUUGAAUUUAAAAUAGAGACAUCAAAAAUGAAAA